AUGCACUCCGGCAGACACGAGAACUACGGCUCCUCCGGCAACUACGGCGGCGGCAACGACUACGACCGUCGCGGAGGCGGCUACGGAGGCGGCCACGAGAGCUACGGCGGCGGCAUGGGCGGUCCUCCCCGCGACAGCUACGGUAGCGGCGGCAUGGGCGGCGGCCGACGUGAUGACUACGGCGGCGGUAUGGGCGGAGGCAUGGGUGGCGGCAUGGGAGGCGGCCGUCGUGACGACUACGGCGGUGGCUACGGAGGCAGCUCUCGCCGUGACGACUACGGCGGCGGCCGUGACAGCUAUGGCAGCGGCGGCGGACGCCGUGACGACUACGGUCCCUCAGACUCCUACGGCGGUGGCCACUCUUCCCACGGACGCCGCAACAGCUACGAUGACGACAAGAAGAGCUCCUCCGGCGGCGGCUUCCUCGGCGGCAUGCUGGGAGGCGGCGGCAAGGACAAGAAGGACAAGAAGAAGGACGAGGGCUUCACCGACAAGAUCAUUGACGGUGCUGCCGAGUACGCCAAGAAGAAGUGGUAA